GACUUCCGACAGUAAAAAGAGAGUUAAGACCAUGCAUCGCGAGCCAGUGUAUCGAAUCGAUCCAAGUUCGCUGUUCUCGCAAUCCAGUACCUGUACCGAAAGUCCUACGAAAGUCAAUGGGAAUCAAGAGGGGGUAGAACGUUCCUAGCCUCCGCCAAGAGUUCCGGCCAAACGCCACGUAUUUCCCUGACCAACACGGAAUUAAAAUAAUCAAGCGACUCCUUUAGGCUUGACGACAGUGUCGCUGUUUCUACAAGAAGUUCCGCGUAUUUUUAGAGAACGCAGUCCGAAAUGCGCGAGCGCGAUGUGCAAACCGCGAGUUUAUUUUCGGUGGAAAUCCUACAUGGUGCGGGACAGCAUCCGAUUAGCUUAAAAAAAGCGUGUGUCUGUGUGUUGCGCGGGUUUUUCAAGGCCGCAGAGAAAGCUUUCCGGGGCCAUUGUAUCGCGUCGCGUUUUCGGAAUUUUGUCAAAACUCAGACUCAUGCUCUCUGAUUCACUCGACGAAAAAGAGAGUCACGCGCCGCCUGCACAGAGCCAGCGCCUGGUCAUCGCUUCACUAGUCCAUGCCCUCUCACGGGAUUAGUCAAAUCCAAAAAUAAUACCGCGCACGCACCGCGAUGCAAAUGGACACGACGAUGCAAAUCAGAUGUUUUAAGAUCCCCCUCCCCUCCUCCGCCCCCCGAACUGAAGAGCUAGUGUCUGGCAUAACGGGGGGGUUGUGCUGUACAGAUAAUGCCUAGAAUUAUUACGCAAAUAAAUACAAUUGAGAAUACCGUGUACAAAUACAGCGAUCUUUUAAAGGACGAUGUUUAUUCAACGUCUUGAAGAUAUCGCAUAUCCAACUAUUAAUAUACAUCGUGAAAAUAAAAGAACUAAAUAUGUGGCGGUCUCUAGCAAGCUAUAAAGCUUGUGAAUUAUGAUACAAGAAUAAUUUCGUGUCAGCAGCUUUUGUAAAAUCGAGGAUUACGUCAUUAAAGUGAUGAAGUAAUGAAUAAAGUAACGAAGUCAAACAAAUAAAUAUAAUAUUCUUAGUGUCUUACUAGAACAAGCCAGACCGACCGUGCAUUCUCUAUAUAAAAUAUUCAUCGUUUCUCAUCCAUACUUUUCCAUUAGUUCAAAUAUUUCAGAUGCAGGCGUUGUUAAAAUACAGAAGCGAGAACUAUGCUGCGCGCGGAAUCGCAUAUCACUUUCAAUCGAAAACAUUUCAACGUCGACUAAAGCCCGAGGCAGCCGCACAAUAGUAUUUUUUUCACGAAGCCGUGUAUUAAAAAAGCGCGCACGUUAGCCCGUAUUUCUCUGUUUUGAUUUCGGCCGCCCGGUGGGGUGCGCGGUGUGCAAAGUGGACUUGAAAAUAACCCCGCCACGGGAGGAGGACCACCCGAUCUAUUAAUAGUUUACCGUACGUGAGUAUCUUUGUCGCCGGUUCGGCAUCGACUACGCGCGAUUCGGCCGCAAAAUCCGCCGAUACAGUCCGCGCGCGUGCACGCGUGUGUCGUCAGCCCGAAGACGUCGUCGGCCCGAAGACGUCGUCGGCAGCGAUGCAGCUGACACCUCCGUUUUCGCUGGUGAAGUCUGCAGUGGACGAUCUCGACGCGGAUGAAUUAUAGGAGCUGCCAGUUAAAUACGAGAGAGAGAGAGAGAGAGAGAGAGAGAGAGAGCAGGAGAGGGUGAGAGGAAGAGAGGGUUCUGCGGGAAAUGUCUAUCCGACGGACGUGACCGUCGUCGCGAGAGACUCCGAUUGCCCCGACGAGAUUUUUGGCGUUCGUGUAUAGCAGCAAACUGGAAGGAACUUAAAACCGCACGUUUCGGGUGAAUCUAAAUAAAGAACUAUGCAGCGUGGCGGCUGAGGCGGGGCGCGGUGCCUCGGGAUAUGCGAGAGAGAGUGAGUAAGAAUGGUACAGCAAACCGCAUGCAGCAACGAGACGAGCUCAUCCCUCAAUGGCGUACCGAACGGCGACCGCAAAGGAGAAACGUCCGGUGCCGUCGUCGCGACGGACGCGCUGGUAGCGCGUGGUGCUGUCGAUGGUGAGACGACUUCCCUGACUCGCAGCAGCGGCAGCGGUGGCGGAGGAGGAGGUAGCGGCAGCGGCAGGUUCUCCCUGUUCAGGUGGUUCAAGCGAAAUCGCGAUUCAACCGUGGAGAAACGACGGAGAACGAGCGAGAGGCCGGACGACGAUGGCGUCGUCCGACGACGGAGCAGCAUCUACUCCAGCGUGGAGAGCGUAGACACCUUCUACAGCACCACCACUGUUCGCAGUUUCGCGUUUCACACGGGAACCCUGGGCCGUUGCAACGUGCUGUCCUUGGACAUACUCAAGCAAGCGGCCGAGGUCGGCCCGUUCGCCGCUGGUGCCUCGAAGGUGUACUUGGGUAACAAAGAGAACAACGCGUCGUCGGCCUGCACGUUACCAAUUAACGUGCACUCCAGGAGGCAGGACAUCACCGCCAGGUACUCGUUGCAACCAACGACCUUCAGCUCGUGCGGCAACUUCCUGACAACCGAAAGGGACUUGUCGAAUUCGUCGAGAAGACUCGAUGAGAGCGCGAGAAACACCGGCUCCGCGCGGCGGCGGGUCCACGUGAAGGGAAAGCGGAGAGCGCCCAACCCUCCCGAUGCGCUGGUGAAGAUCGUGGGGGUCAAUGUACGCGAAACGCCGCCGAGGAACAGCAAUAGACGCAAACGACGGGCGCCGCGACCUCCUGAGAAAGCGACUGUGGAACAGUCAAACCUCGUCACCGAUGGCGACAGCAUGGAGGUAGAGGAGCGGAAGGGUGUCGACGAAGGGCAAUCGAUCAGCAACGACACACUAAUCCUUCAGGGUGGUAUGUUGCUAUCAAAGAAGGAAGUUUGCGGCAGUCCGAAGGCCGCGAAAAGCAAUCGUGGCGACGAGGGAGCGUCCAGCGCAACAGUCCUUCAGGAAAGAGCACAGAGCCCGAUCGGUACUCUGAACAUGCCUCGUCCUUGGUACAAGCGUAGCGUCUUCGAGCACUCUCGCGACUCCGGAUCGUCCAAGAGAGGUGCCGUUCUCCGCAGCCCUAUGACGUUCACCGAAAUGAAGGACGAGUGUGUCGGAACGAAUGUAAAUUCUUCUCCGAGUUAUUCCAUUGACGCCUCUCUGUCAAGAUUAAAUUUUUUUCAUCGCGGCGAGCGACAGAGUGACGAAAGGAAACGACAGGAGGCCAAGCGAAAAUCCGGCUUGUCCAUCCUGACGAACAUCAGCGAGCUGGACAAAGAAGCGGCGGCGAUCGUGCAGGAGGAACAGGCUCGAGCGCGGGCGUCGAUGUUGUUGAAAACUUCAAAAUUUGCCGACGAAUUCGAAAAGAGGAACGACGUCAACGAGGAACUCGUUCAGGAUAUGGUCACCUCGGCGAUUGAGAGCUCGUCGCCUAGACGAGGCACGCGCGCGUUAAUCUCUAAAUUCAACGCCAUCAGCAAUAUCACUAAAGUCACGGUCAACGCUAACUUCUUCGCUAAAAGAGAUCACCCAGAUUACAGGCCCGAUCGCGAUGCAACGAGAAACAGCAGAUUCGAACAAAUCGGAGAUUGGAGAAAUCAGAGAUUCUCGGUCCAACAAGAUCUCGGCCAGAGCGUCCGCGUUGAUAAAGAUAUCUCCAGAUACUUUUUGCCGCAGCAGAGAUCGUCGAGAAAUAGAGCUGAAUCGACGCACGCGGACGUAAAGUCGGUAGACAUCAAAAUUUCCUCUAGCAAGGAGCAAAAUGAUCAGCUGAUGAAGGACGCGUCUAAUAGAAUAUCAUAUUUACAAAGUCAGCUCGCUGCGAAUCGCGCGAAUGAGUCACUAAUUGCUCAGAAGAAUGUCACAGAAGAAAAAAUUAGAUCGCGGCAGGAAAUCGGCAAAGAAAUGAAGGGUAAAGAAUCGUCGAGAUUGAGUAACGAAACAAGAAGAAAAUUUCUACUUUCCCGUGCUCGUAAUUUAGCUGAGAGCUCGGAAAACGCGUUAGAUCCCUUGAGAGAAAAGGCGGAGCACGGGGUGCAAAAGGAAUUUUCGGAUAUUUUCAACGAGAUCGAUCGACAGCUGCGUUCUAGGGAGUUUAAACUCAUCGAACGGAGACCAGCAGCCGAAUUUAACAAUGCCAGAGACAAAGUUCCGGAGGACGAAGCCGUGUCGAGCAAAGUGGCCAAAGUGCUCGAUAUCCUGGUGGAAGCCGAGAAGGAUGAUAAAACGAGAUCGGCGAUGCAGCCGGAAAGAUCGAAGAUGCAAGACAAGGGAAUGUCGCGUCUGAUUGAUUCAGACCAGAAGGCGAAGUCCGGCAGGACAAAAUUAACCGCUCUCAAUACCGUCGAGGACCCAAUUACUGCGGAUUUGAAGGAGAUGCUGAAGGAGAUGAAGCACUCGUUACCGAAACGGCCUAGAUCGAGGAAGAUUGCUGCGUCAAACGACGGCGACGUUCUCGAAAAGGUCGACAAGGGCUCGCCGGUACCUACAAACAAGACCUCCUACAUUGCCUCGGUGACGGCGACGAGGAUGGCGGCAACGUCGUCGUCGUCGAACGAUUACGAGACAGAUAAGCAAAAGGUAUCCUCGUCGGCGCAAACCAGUGGAAACAUCCGUAGAUUAAAUCAGCCCUCUACUUCCGCCGAGCGACCGUCUACAUCGGGAUGGAAACACGAGAACGUGCUCUACAGGACUUCUGGCAAGGGUUCGGUCCUUGUGAAGAAUACUUUCCAACUGAUACGACCGCGCGAUUUCGCCGAGAUAGAGGCUAUGAAGACCACGAAGGAGGUACACAAGGAAAACACUUAUGCCAAUGUGAUAGAACCGUCGCUGUACGCCAAUACUCACGUUCCUCCCGCAUCGCCCAAACAACGACCGAAUCCGACCACAUCUAAAGAUAUUUCGCAAAGUAGUCAUCCCGAAGAGCGGCCCAAUGUCGCAAAUGAAAGUAAAAUCAUGUUGAACGAUGAUGAGCUUACAAAUGAAGACGAUAAUUCAACAGCGAGAAACAUGAAUACUCUGGCCAUAAAUCGAUUGCUAAGAAAACUGGAAGGGGCCAUCGCGUCGGGCCAUCAUCAGCAAGCGGCGGGAUUAGCGAAGGAAUUGGCAAGGCUCAAAAUCCAUUGUUCUGUGAUACGACAGCGUUCGGCGGCGCGUUUGAAGGAUCAGUCGAUUAAAGUCAAUAUGUAUAUCGAAGACAAACUCGCUCACCAAGGGCCCAUACCACUUCAGCUGCCGACGAGAAUGACGGUAGCCGAGCUGAAGACAAAGAUACAUACGGAGUUUGAGAUACCCACAAACGUGCAGCGAUGGAUUAUUGGGAAAAACUUGGCUGAUCACGACGGGGCCACUCUCGACGAAUUGCAUGCAGUGGAUGGUUCACCGGUGUUUCUUUAUCUCGUGGCACCCGAAUUGCACAUCGACAAUGCAGUGCAAGCGAACAAGCCACAGCCAACAGAGGAAGUUCCUGAAGAAUUGCCGCAAGAUCCACCAACGGAAGUCCUGCAAACAAACGAAGAAAAACAAGAAACUACGGAGACAGAUAAAAUAAUAUCGACAACAAAUGAACAUCAGCAAGAAGCAGCGGAAACAGACAUGUCGGAAGACGCCAAGAUCGGACGAUACGAAGAGCUGAUAUCGCUGGAGAACUGGGACGUCAUUCCGAAUUCCGAGCCAAUCGAGUGCCCAAUAUGCUUCGUUACAUAUGGUCCACGCGAAGGUGUAAUUCUGAGGGAUUGUUUACACAUGUUCUGCAGGUCAUGUAUCGCCAAUACGAUCGCGUAUUGCGAAGAAGCGGAGGUGAAAUGCCCAUACAGAGACCCCGAUUAUACGUGCGAAUCGACCCUUCAAGAACGUGAGAUCAAGGCGCUCGUCGAGCCGGAGAUUUAUCAGCAGCAUCUCGCGAAGUCGAUCGCGCAAGCGGAGAACAACGCUGGAAACAAGGCUUUCCACUGCAAGACACCGGACUGUCCUGGCUGGUGCAUUUACGACGACGACGUGAACAAUUUUUUAUGCCCUGUGUGCAAAGCUAAUAAUUGUCUUACCUGUCAGGUUGUUCAUACCGGAAAGAAUUGCAAACAAUAUCAGCAAGAAUUGCAACUUUCGAAAGAGACCGAUCAGGAAUCUAGAAGGACAGCAGCAAUGCUCAAAGAGAUGGUCGAUAGAGGCGAGGCACUUGCGUGUCCCACGUGUGCCGUCGUUCUCAUGAAGAAAUGGGGUUGCGACUGGCUGGUCUGCUCCAUGUGCAAAACGGAGAUAUGUUGGGUAACCAGAGGACCGCGUUGGGGCCUGGGAGGUAAGGGCGACACAUCCGGUGGCUGCAGAUGUGGUGAGAAUGGAGUUAAGUGUCAUCCCCGUUGCAAUUACUGCCACUAAAGAAUUACAACUGCCACAACAAUGGGCAAACGAUAAGUUUACGGUGACAAUAAGAUGUUCUAGAAGAUGCUUUUAUAUUCGUAUUGACACAUAAUAAUUUGCAGAACCCGAUACGACGUAUGACAUAAAGAUCUUUUAUACGCGCGUUUAGUAUAAAAUAAGCUCGGACCCCGAUAAAUCAGUAUGCAAUAGGAAUUAUUCGCUGCUUGCUCAAUUAUAAUCUUAUCGCGACACCGUCCCUGAUAGGAUCGAAAGUGAGAUUCUAAUAAAACGAGUAACACACCUAACUUUGUACCAAUGCUUCUUAUUUGUAUCGCAAAUACAAAGUGUAGGGAAAUAAAUCAUACUUUACUUAAA